CUUUCUAUAAUUAGCUGGAUACAUUUCAUACAUAUCCCUCACAUUUUCCUUAUGGUAAAUUGAAUCAGUAACUGAUAUUUAGUUCAUUAGAUCCAAUUUUUAUAUGGUAAUCAUUGUGUUGAUCAAUUGUCGAUGAUGUAGUGCAUAUGUUACAUUUUUUUGUAGUAUUUUUUUUUCUCAUGUAUUACAAAUGAUGAGAUAAACGUACAUAAUCAAUGUGAAAUUAUGGAUCCCACAUAAUGCAUAUGAAAUCGUGUGCGGACUCCUAAUAAAACAAUGUCAAAACAUCAUUAACUUGUUUAUUUACACAUUGUAUAUAUCCAUUUUUUUAAGGAAAAUUGUUCCUUUUCUUUUUGAGUUGUCUUUUUGUUUUUCCAUUUUCUUCUUGGUUCCGUUUCUAUACAUACAAUCCAUCACAGUAUCUCACUCUCUCUUCUUAAUACCCCUAAAGCAAAGCAUAGGCUGUACUGCUACAGAAAGCUCUCGUCUUUGCAACAACAAUCUCUCCUUAAAGACCCACAAACACAGACACUCAAGAUCUUGAUACCCCACUCUGCAUAGAGAGCCAAACAUGUUCUUUGAAGAUCUUGAUGGCAACGCCAGAUAUGAAUGGGGACUCUGGAACUCUUGGCACAAUCAAAAGGAAUCCUGUCAGGAACCAGAUUCUGAUAACAAUGGAUCCAGUUCCUUGAUGGGUUUUCCAUUGCUGAGUGAAGAGAGGGUGAAGGAUAUGAUUGCGACAGAGAAGGAGUACUUGCCCAAGAAUGGCUACACAAGCAGGCUCCGCGGUGAGGAUUUGAUGCUGAGUGUCAGGAGUGAGGCUCUUGAUUGGAUACUCAGGGCUUCUCCCAAACAUGGUUUUGGACCACUGAGUGUGUGGCUAUCAGUGAACUACCUGGAUCGAUUCCUAUCAGUAUGUGUAUUCCCUGGCCAAGCUUGGAUUGUCCAGCUUUUAGCCGUCUCUUGUUUGUCAAUCGCGGCGAAAAUGGUCGAGGUUGAUGUACCACAUGUUGUGGACUUGCAGGUUUGGGAGGAGCAUCUGCGAAAACCCGAAUUUCUGUUUGAACCUAAGAGUAUAAAAGCAAUGGAGCUUAUGAUCAUGAGCAGGCUGCAAUGGAGAUUGCAUUCUUCAACUCCUUAUUCCUACAUUGACCACUUCCUCAAUAAGAUCAAUGAUAAUUAUCAUUUCUUAUCUUCUGCUACCUCCAAAUCAAUACAACUCAUCUUAAGCACCAUAAAAAGUGUUCAAUUCUUGGAAUUCAGACCUUCUGAAGUUGCAGCUGCUGUGGCAAUCUCUGUUUCAAUGGAGAUGCUGCAAUCACUUGACAUUGAUGAGAUUGUGUCUCAAUUCAUUCUUGUGGACAAGGAUAAGGUAGUGAAGUGUGUUGAGCUGAUUGCAGAUUUGUCACUGACUAGUGAAUGUGGUUCUCCAAUCCCAACUUCAUCACCGCGUUUGGCUUGAACACAUCGCGUUCGGGCCAAAAUUUGUUUGGCGGAGUGAUGUGUCACGGUGAGUUUGAAAAUGAAGAUAUAGGGAGUUGCUUCCACUCGCAAAUUGCAACACAACUCACUGCAAUAGGUUAAACACAACACAUUCACAAACGGACCUAUAAGUUGGAUACUAGAGCAUGCUUGAGCUAUAAAGGUUGGGUCAUCUGCAAAAUCUUCACAAAGCACCAGUCCUGAUGAAUCAAACUCCAAAAGAGAAAGAAAGACGUCUCUAGAUUAGAGAUGUGUAAUUAUGUUGGUUUUAGAACUUCCUUCUUUAAAGGACACACCCUCUCAUCUCAUAAGCAUAGAAACAGCAGAGAUUUUAUUGAAUAAGUGGAACAUCAAAAUUCAAUUGGUAAAAAAGAACAAAGAAAAAUAGAGCUUCAUGCCUCCUUCUAGCUUCUCAUCCCCAAUGUCACAG